GCCCCCUCCUGCCCUCUCUGCCAAUUUCUGCCCCCCACCAGCCCCAGUUAGGCAGAUAUAUAAAGCCACCACAAGUCCUUUUUGCAGCCACAGCAAGACACAGACGGACCCGGGAGGAUGGGAGAAGCAAACAGGAAAGGCAGCGCCAUGCCCCUGCUCUGCACCCUGGGUGCCCUCCUGGCCCUCCUGGACCCUGUGCAGACCACCAGGGCACCCGACUGUGGGGGCAUCCUCACCCCCCUGGGAUUGAGCUACCUUGCUGAAAUCUCGAAGCCGCAUGCAGAGGUGGCCCUCAGAUGGGACCUGAUGGCCCUGAGAGCCUCAGACCUGUUCCUUGGCUCCACAGACCCCAGCAGUUUAAAACGUCUAUAUGGAAGCAAGCUCCUGGCUCCUCCUUUGGGAUCUGAUGGCAUCGGCCCUGGUGCCACCCUCAGGGACCGAAUUACCUCUGUAAAAGUGGUUGACCUGCAGCUGACGCUCAUCCCAGAGGCCGAGCUGCGGCUGGGCAUCGAGGUGGAGCUGGGCAUCGCACCCCUGCUUGCCGUGCCCAAGCCGGCCAGGCUCUCCAUCCAGGCUGACCUCCACGUGGACCUGGGCCCCGAUGGCAACCUGCGGCUGCUGACCUCUGCCUGCAGACCCACCGUGCGGGCACAGAGCACCAGGAAGGAAGAAAGCAAGUCCUCCAGAUCCAUCCUGGACAAGGAGGUGGAUGUCGAUAAGCUUUGCCUGGGCGUCUCCAAGUUGCUCCUUUUCCCAAACGAGCAGCUGGUCUCACUGACAGCGCCGUUCCCCGUCACCCCCAGCUGCCAGCUCCAGUACCUGCCGCUGGCUGCCCCCGUGUUCUCCAAGCAGGGCAUCGCCCUGUCCCUGCAGACGUCAUUCCAGGUGGCGGGAGAAGCUGUCCCUGUGCCAGUCAGCCCCGUGCCCUUCAGCAUGCCCGAGCUGGUGAGCACCAGCAAUUCCCACCUCAUCCUGGCUUUCUCCGAGCACUUCUACACCAGCCUCUACUUCACCCUGGAGAGGGCUGGAGCCUUCAACAUGACCAUCCCCAGCAUGCUGACCACCACCACGCUGGCACAGAAGAUCCCUCAGGUGGGCUCCCUGUACCCCGAGGACCUGCCCAUCAUGCUGAGCGCCGCACUCCGAAGCUCUCCUCGGGUGGUGCUGGAGGAAGGCCGGGCAGCUCUGAAGCUCUUCCUCUCUGUUCACAUCGGGGCGGGCUCACCUGAUGUCCAGAGCUUCCUGAGUGUGAGCGCGGAUGUGACCGCAGGACUGCAGCUCAGCGUGUCUGACACACGGAUGAUGAUCUCCACAGCAGUGAUAGAGGAUGCUGAGCUCAGCCUGGCUGCUUCUGAUGUGGGCUUGGUGCCGGUAGGUUCCUCAAGCACCCCCAGGAAAUGGAGCAUGUCCAGGCCCCCUAACUAUGCUGCACUGAGCCCAGCCAUUCUCAGCCACCUCGCACCACGGGCACCAGGGCUAGGCCAGCCCCAGCCUCUUCCCUCUCCCUUUGGAACUGACUCUUCCCUGUUUCUCCCUGCAGGCUGCACUGCUGGAGGAGCUGUUCCUGGCCCCCGUCUGCCAGCAGGUGCCGGCGUGGAUGGACGAUGUGCUGAGGGAAGGCGUACACCUGCCGCACCUGUCCCGCUUCACCUACACCGACGUCAGCGUUGUGAUCCACAAGGAUUACGUCCUGGUCCCAUGCAACCUGAAGCUGCAGAGCACCACGGCCUGAACCUGCCUCAACAUUUGGGUGAAAGCAGUGGAAGACUGCUCCGCUUUGUGGAUUUUCACCGCGCAAAACGUGAAGAAUCUUAUUUCUUUAGUAAAGCAACACUUUCUCACAUUUAGGAUGACAAUGGCAUUGCACUAGAGUCCUCCUCUUCCCACCCUGAUCUUGGCGUUUUUGGUGCACAAGGAGGAUGGAUUGUAACAAUGUUCCGUGCUUUAAUUAAACAUUUCCCUUUAAUAUUGCA